CAGGUAUUUUGUGUUAUUACAUCAUGGAGUUUUUGAAAACUUUGGGUCAAGUUCAACUCGUAGGCAUCGCCUUACUUGUUGGUGUUGUCGGUUAUGUCUACAAUGUCUUACGCAGCCCGCUGAACAAAGUUCCGGGGCCCUGGUAUGCGAGUUGGACCAAUAUUGUCACCAAGUACCAUUUCCUGACGGGUUGUAACCCAACCUACAUUCAUUCUCUUCAUUCGAAAUAUGGUCCCGUCGUCCGAAUCGGGCCCAACGAUGUUGAUGUUGCCGACCCCGUUGCCGCCCAGACGAUCCACCGAAUCAAAGACGAGUUCCUCAAGUCCGAAUUCUACACACAGUUCCUCCCAGGAGUAACAAACAUCUUCAAUUGCGUUAAUAGGGACCACCAUCGGCGGUACAGACGCCUCUUGUCGUCCCCGCUCUCAGAGACUGGCUUGAAACCCAUGCUACCCCAAAUCGACAGCCGAGUGCGCUUCGGAAUACAGCGAAUGGGAGAAGAGAUGAAGAGCCGCGGCGCUGUUGACAUCUGCAAAUGGUGGAUGUUCAUGACAACCGACAUCAUUGGAGAGCUCACCUUUGGCGAGUCGUUCAAGAUGCUUGAGCUGGGGAGGAAAAACCAGUACAUCAAAGACCUCGAGGGCUCGGCAUUUAUCGGAGGCCUGCGUGCUACCUUCCCUCUUCUAUCUAAGCUCUCCUUCUACGUCCCGAUCCCUUUCUUUUGGAAAGCUGGUCCAAUCACCGGUCGAUUGGCGAUGUAUUCUCGCGAUUCGAUACAACGCCAACGCACGCUCCUCGAGGAGAACCCUGAUAUGGCGCCAACAUUGUUUUCCAAGAUGUUUAAGGCCAAGAGUGAAGACUCUCUGUCUGGAGUCGAACUUGAGGACAAUGCCCAGGCGUACAUCGUAGGCGGCAGCGACACUACUGCCAUGUCGUUGACGUACCUCGUUUGGGCAGUCUGUAGGGAUCCACAGAUCAAAGAAAAGCUCGUGAACGAGCUCCAGACACGUCUUUCGGAUGACUUUAGCUAUGACGACGUGAAGGAGCUGCCGUAUCUGAACCAAGUCAUCGAAGAGACAACACGUAUCUAUGCAGCGGCACCUUCGGGAUUACCUCGCACGGUGCCAUCAGGGGGCGCUAGCCUGGCUGGGUACUGGAUCCCAGGGGGCGCAACCGUGUUGACGCAAGCGUACAGUCUGCAUAGAUCGGAAGCAUUUCCCGACCCUGAACGGUUCGACCCCUCGAGAUGGGAGAAUCCAACCAAGGCUAUGAAAGAUUCGAUGAUGCCUUUUGGUGGAGGCUCGCGUAUAUGCCUGGGGGUGCAUCUUGCCCGUAUAGAGCUGCGCCUAGCCACUGCGCGAUUCUUCCGGGCGUUCCCAAAUGCCAUUGUCUCCGAGCUUGAGGGAAUGAGUGACCGGGAUAUGGAUCAAGACUUGUUUUUCUUGAUUACACCUAGAGGCCAUCGUUGCUUGAUUCAAGCCAAUUGAUGCUGACAUGAGACGAGAAACUGUGCGAUUUAACGGCGUUCAUGGCUCAGAGUAUUGCUACUAGACAUCAGCGC